AUGAGGGAGAACACAGAGGCCCUUUGUGACCUGGAGAAGAACCCCUGGCAGAAGAAGAAAGCCCUGAAGAGUUCCCAGUCCAAGCAGUCGUGGCAAACAACUCACCUGUGCCAAGCAAAUGCUUCCGUGUUUGCAAGGUCUGGGUCUAACCGUUCACGCUCAUCUCUGUGUUUUCAAACCAACAUUUUUGGGGGCCGGAUACCCCAGCUGGUUGAGUCUGUGGAGGGUCAUUGCUUUCUUCUCUUCUCAUCGUUUUCUGGGCAAACCUGGAAGAUGGAGGACGAAGAAGGUUACACGGUAUUAAACCCCCGAUGCCAGGAGAAAACCACCACCCGCCUGUCACCAGGGAGGAUCCAAGGUUCUCCUUUGAGUUCCCAGUGCUGUAAACGCAUGCUAGUGAUUUUGGGAGCUGUUUGCAUCAUUCUGACAUUAGCCGUGAUCAUUCUGACUAUCCUGGUUUUCCAGUGCGGCUCUCAUGAAGGCCAGACAGGAACACCCCCAAACGCCCCUGCGGACAGUGAUUCUGGGCAGAGAAGACUGAACAGUGCAGAAGGCAGCAGCAGCCCAGAGGACGUCCUCACUCAUCUGAGACAGAAUCUGUGCGAGCUGCAAACGCACAGCAGCGCAGAUGAAGGCUCUGAGUGCAAACUCUGUCCCAUGGACUGGCUGUCGCACAGAGGAAAGUGCUACUGGUUCUCUAAAGGGAAUAAGGACUGGAAUGGGAGCCGUGAUGACUGUCCAAGGAAGAAGUCUCACAUCCUGGUGAUCCAGGACCAGGAUGAGAUGGAGUUCAUACAGAAUGUCACACAAGGGAAAUAUCCCGUUUGGAUUGGGCUUAAUGUAACGUCCCCAGAGGAGAAAUGGACCUGGGUGGAUGGCUCCAUCUUAAACCAGACUCUGUUUCCGGUAUCUGGUCCAGCUGUGAGAAACAGCUGUGGGGUGAUAAAGGGGAAUCAGCUGCGUUCGGAAAUGUGCAGCGCUGAAUUUAAGUGGAUUUGUCAGAAAGAAGCCGUUAUGAUCUAAGCAGUGAUAGUAGGGGGGCGGUACCCUUAGAAAUAACAGACUCCCAGAUAGAAAGGCCAUUCCGAUUGUCUACUCUGACCUCCUGCAUAACAAAGGCCAGCGAAUGUCACUCAGUAAAAAGCCGAUGGGA